AUGGCGACGCUUCGAAGGCUCGUCUGGAGCGCUCUUUACGCCGCAUAUGCCAUUACACCGACAGUAGCAGACGCUAAAGGCUCAUAUCUCUGGGAUCCACCUAUGAAUAAUGAAGCCAAUGUUUAUCCUCGAGUCAUCGAACUGAAGCAUGCGGGAAGUGAGAACGGCAAAUUACUAGCGACAUGGGAGCAUUGGUAUACGAAAGGCCCCGACACAUCCGACCCCGACGGAACUCCAGGUAGCUUCAUCAUUCGUGAAAGCAACGAUGGGGGCAACUCAUGGUCUACCUUGACAUCUGUCAACGAUACACAAACCGGUCCGGGACACCCUUGUGCUAGAUUCUGGCAGCCAUUCUUUUUUGAGUUCCCAAAGAACCUUGGAAACUAUCCGGAGGGAACCUUACUCCUAGUCGGCAACCUCGUUCCAUUCAACAAAACUUUCACUGAAUUUUUCACGUGGCGCUCUGGCGAUCACGGCCGGACAUGGGAGUCUGUGGGUUCCUGGCAACAUGGCGGCACCACUACUGCAGGCAUCUGGGAGCCAUUCUUGUACCUUGACAGCCAGGAUCGGUUAGUGGCUGCGUUUUCCGACGAACGUGAGGCCGCCAGCCAUAGCCAAAUGCUGGUACAUGUCAUCUCUGAAGACGGGGGAGAAAGCUGGGGCGAAGUGGUGCGCGAUGUGGCUAGCGAGGCUCAAUCAGACCGACCAGGUAUGGUGACCGUAACUCGCAUGGACAAUAGCGAGUACAUCAUGAGCUACGAGAUCUGCAAUCGCCCUGGCUGUCCAGUCCACGUCAAGAGGUCACAGGACGGGGUAACCUGGAACCCUACUGAUAUGGGGACACCGAUUGCAACUACCGACGGCGUUUACGCGGGUUCGGCUCCGUACCUAGUUUGGGAUGGGUCUGUAAAGCAGCUCGUCCUUGCUCCUCAUUCGUCGUGGGACGCGAUAACAGAUCUGAAGGGUCCUCGAAAUGAUCGGACCGUUUUUAUCAACAAGAAUUACGGCACUGGAGAAUGGUUCUGGGCUACAUCCCCCUGGUAUGUCAACAACGCAUCCAAAGCCUGUAAUUCCAAUUACAGUCCACACCUGCUUCCUCGUUCCGAAGGUGUCAUUCGCUAUACCGCGCCAGCAAGUGAGGGAACCACAGGACAGUGCUCGGAGAGGACGGGCCAAGCCCCUAUUGGCGUUCUGCCAUACAGGUCCAAUUUCUCGGCCAAUGGCGAAGCUGGAUGGAUCAAUUUUAACGGCGAAUGGAGCAUCUCAGGCAGUGAAUACAGUGUCGCCCCAGUUGGUGACGUUGAAGCGAGGGCAUUGACUGGGGCCUCAGCCUGGACAGACUACGAGAUUAGCGCCGAUGUCAUGAUUGCGGGCAGUUCAGGGGUAGUCGGCUUGGCUGCAAGAGUCACGGCUCCCAUGUACGGAGCCAACGCGUUCAAAGGCUACAUGGCGGCGAUCAACUCCUUCACUGGUAAUCUAACGGUCUCAAGAGUGGCGCAUAACAUGGCAGUAUUGAAAUCCCAGGCUCAUCCAGGUGGCAUCCAGGGCAACAAGUGGUAUCAUCUCUCGCUUCAGGUUCAGCGUUUCCAACUUACGGCAACCCUAACCUCUGACCAAGGUUCGUCAAAGACCACUUACAAAAUCAUUGAUAACAGCUGGCCUCAAGGAGUUACCGGGUUGUUGGCAAGAAACGGGGGAGGAUCGUUCAAGAAUGUCGAGAUUGUCUCCAUUUAG